UUCAUCAGACGACAUUUCCAGUGCGAGUCUUCAAGCUGUUGGGGGUGGAGACUCUGAUCGUGACGAACGCUGCUGGCUCAUUGGCCGACGGUCUCCAGCCUGGUGACAUCAUGAUCAUCAAAGACCACGUAAACUUCCCUGGAUUGGUCGGUCUGAACCCGCUGAGCGGACCCAACGACGACAAGUUCGGGCCUCGUUUCCCGGCCAUGUCAGGUUGCUAUGACAAAGGCCUGCGUUGCUUAGCAAUGGAGAUCGCCAAGCAGCUGGGCGUGGCCGGCCUCAUGCAGGAGGGCGUGUACGCCAUGGUGGGGGGGCCAAACUUUGAAACUAUCGCUGAGGCCAGACUGCUGCAUCGACUCGGGGUGGAUGCUGUCGGUAAGACUCACCCAAAUUAACCCUAAUCUUAAUCCUCACCUUCACCCAAGAACUUUUGGGACCCAAACACUUGAUUUCCUGCAUGCUGGUAAAUUUUAAAGCAACAAUUUGUGCCAUUUCUGCCCAGU